AUGUCUGCUAUUACAACCAAAGCAGGUGUUUGCAUUGAUUCCGCUCCAGAGAGUUGGGCAAUACAAAAGUCAAGUGCCCCUCAAAGAAGGUGGGAAAAAAGCCGAGAAAAUAAACUUAGUGAAAAAGAUAUAAAAGUAAUAUCUAGAAACUUAGUUGAAACUGCCCCUGAUCCUGUUGUUGCCUUAUUCCGUCUCUUUAGGCUUCGAAGAGAAUUGCGAGCUAUCAAUACUUCAGAAAAAAUAGUUUCUGCUACAUUAAAUCUGGAGGUAACUAGAUUAUCUAAUAAAGUUCAAAAGGAGUGUAGCGAGCAACGUGAAAAUGAAGGAAUCGAUUUUCCAGACCACUUCUCAUUAGAAUCAGUUAAGGAGAGACUGAAUUUAUAUAAUGUAUCUAAUAUAUCCGAUAAACUAGCCCUAGCCGAUAUAAUGAUAAUGCUCUGCAUUCGUUCUGCUGAAAUUAAAAACUUGCGUAUAUCUAAUAGGGCUAUAACUGGAUAUGCAAAAAACCGAGACGAAUUUAUUCCUGAAAGUGGUAAACCACUACUUCCUAGCUCUUUACGCAAGUUAGAUGCAGUAUUUGCUUCUGUAGCGCAUGAGCCUAAAAAUGCAUCGAAGGCUAACACUUAUGCCAGUGAAGCCCUUCGACAUUUAUCUGAUAACCAUGCUUCUCCAUCCAAGAGAUAUACUAUAGUCAAUAUGCGAAAAAGAGAAGAACCUUAUAAUCAGGCAAAAGUAUAUAAAGUGCUUUUUGGACAGAUUUGGGAGCUCGAAAAAAAAUUGGAAGAUUAUUAUUUCAAAUAUGAAAAGCUUAAAAGGAGAGUCAAUUUAUUGGAAGCUGAAAUAGAAGAUUUGGAUGAAUGUGUAAAUAAAGAAACUUUA